ACGGUCUCAAGAUUGUGCAGAUUGCUGGUAAAAACUCGGUUAAGUCCAAGUUAAGUCUCACUCUUGAGACUGGAAACAAACGUGAAUUGAACUGAGCUAUGUAUCACAAGUAUUAACAGUUUUGAUGUAAAUGGAAAGCAGAUAAUAUAAAUACGAAAUAGUUGCUAAUAAUAUAAUGUCAAAGUUGUCAAAAUUAAAGAAAUUGAUUCGUGUUUGAGAUUACAUGUAUUAUUUGGCAUUAAAUAUCACACCAUGGAUCCAUGAAAAUUAACUGAAUAAUUUUGUUUCUUUCUACGCUUUAUGUUAUGGAAAAUAUUGAAAUUUUGUUAUCAGAACAGAACAUUUCAGCCGGAGAUGCUCAACUUUACAUAAAAAAAUCAGGAAAUAAUGAAAUAGGCCACGUUCAACAAUGCGGAUCUAUUCCUUUAACCUUCCAAAGUGUAAUUAAUUUUAUUCGUGAGGUAUUUUUACCUUUUGGAUAUCCAGAAACUGUUAGUGAAGAUUAUUGGAACUAUCAGCUUUGGGACACUGCACAAGCCUUUUGUAGUACUAUUAUUGGUGCUUUCACUACCAGAUCUAUAUUGAAAGGAGUCGGUGUUGGAAAUAGUGAAGCAAAUGCCCUAUCAGCAGCUGUAACAUGGAUUUUGAAAGAUGGAAUGGGGAUGAUAGGAAGAAUAUUUUUUGCAUGGUGGAAAGGCAACCAAUUGGAUUCAGAUUGUAAAAAAUGGAGAUUUUUUGCUGAUAUUUUGAAUGAUGUUGCUAUGACUAUUGAACUGAUUCUGCCUUAUUUCUCCACCUACUCCAUGGAAAUUUUGUGUCUUACCUCAAGUAUGAAAUGCAUUGUAGGGGUUGCUGGUGGUGCUACUAGAGCUUCCAUAACACAUCAUCAAGCAAUUAAAGAUAAUAUGGCUGAAAUAUCUGCUAAAGAUGGUACACAAGAAACCCUUGUAAAUUUGAUAGGAAGCAUAGUUAGUCUUUAUUUGCUGACAAUUUUUAAUGACACACAUUCCGAGUGGUUAUUGAUAGUAGCACUCAUCUCUCUCCAUUUAUUGACCAAUUAUUGGGCUGUAAAAUCUUUAGUCUUCAGAACUUUUAAUGAUCAAAGACUGAUUUUAGUACUGAAAAGUUAUUUCAAUAUUGGAACUGUUCUGAGUCCAACGAAAAUUAAUGAAAAUGAGAAUGUUAUCUUGGGACGGGGUAUUAACAUGCAACAAAUUUGUGGUUUUCAAGUAGUUAUUGGUAAAUCGCUCAAAACCAUUUUAAAUAAAUGGACAGCGGCAGAUUUAAAAGAGAUCUUGACAGUGUAUCAAGAAUAUAAUUAUUUACUUUUGAUUAAUUUAAACAGUAGAGAGAUUUAUAUUAUUCUCAACAAAGGAGAAUCUGCAGAAACUUUAAUAGCUGCCUAUUUUAAUGCAGCCAGUUUAGCCAUAGCGACUUGUAUAUACAACCAUAUGAAUCUGGAUUUACUUGACAAAAGACAACGUAAUCAUCGAACACCAGUCAACAGGCUGCAGACUUUCAUGAAGUCCUAUCAAACGACGUCUAAUUUAAUGAACAUACCUUAUAAUAAUCUGUUGCAAUUUCAAGAAUUUGUGAAACAAGAAUAUCAGAUGUUUUACACCGCCCUCCAAAUUAAUGGGUGGAACUUGAACUCGCAUUCAUUAAAUAUGGGGCAAUACAGAUGUGAUUGGAAGUCCUUCAAGAAAAAUGAAUAAAAUGUAUCCUACUAUUCAACUAAUAAAUUUUAGUUCGUUUAAUAUGUAGUUUUUAAUAAAAAUUAACUACUACAAUUUAAUCAAUUUUAUUUAAAAACAAAAUGAUAUUAUAAUUGGUCCUUUUUCUAUGUACAAUAAAUAUAAUUUUGCUAUAAA